ACAGCUUCUUCACGCAGUUCAGCAUGGAAAAUUCUCCGCAGUUAUACACUCCGACAAGUCACUGCCACGACUGUUGCAAAAAAAUACAUCUUCAAGCAGCAGCACACAACACACAACCAUAUCAUCGUUCUAGAAUGGAAAAUUCCCUGGAGUUGCCCACUCCUAGGAACCUCACCGACGACAGAAGGUGGUGCUCACUGUGCUGCGACGCCGAGGUUCCUCAACGAGCAACCCUGGAGUGUCCAAGAUACGGGCCCCUUUGCCGCCGGUGCUACAAAAAUAUCUGGGAGUUGUGGGAAGAGUGCAAGUGGAUCGGACGUCGAUAACUGUUGCCGAU